CUCGCCUCGCCUCACCUCCUCCUGCCUCCUGCGGCUGUGCGCUGCUAUUUCCACACCUCCCCCAGUUCGGUGGUGGCCCAACCAAAGGCCAGCCGGGGCGCUCGUUAAGUGACAGGAAGGCCAUGGGCUUCCAGGUCGCGGCCGUGCCGCCGUCGCUGUGCGCGCGUUCCUCUUCCGCCUCGUCGUCGGCCUCCACGUCCUCGCGGCCGCCGCCCGCCUUCCUCGGCGGCGGCUGCGCGGGGCUCGCGAGAUCCCGGUCCCUGGUUAAUUGGGGAGCCGGUGUAAUGGUGCGGCGGCGCCCGGCCCUGCCACCGGCCAGGUGCGCGCUGAGCGCCAGCUUGGAUGGCAUGGGAAGCGGGGACGCGGAGUUCUUGAGGAGGAUCGAGGAGCUAGCGGCAGCGGCUGGGGUGCAGCCGACGGGCACGACGGGGUGCGGGUGGCCCGCGAGCGUGGAGCAGAGCGCUAGCAGCGUCGGGCUGCCGCUGUCGCUGAGGAUGCUGAAGCGGAAGAAGCGGCAGCGGCAGGUGGCGCGGCAGUCGCUGUGGGAUGAGCGGUUGCUGGGCUCCGCCGGGGAGUCGGUGGGCCGCGCCUUCUCGUCGAUGGUGCUCAUCGUGCGGGAGCUGCAGAGCUUCGCGCUGCAUCAGAUGCGCGACGCGCUGCUCUGCGACGACCUGCAGGGCGUCCUGGCGCGCGUCCAGGGCGAGAUGCACGCCUCCUUCGUCUGGCUCUUCCAGCACAUCUUCGCCGGCACCCCGGCCCUCAUGGUCUCGCUCAUGCUGCUCCUCGCCAACUUCACCGUCCACUCGAUGGGCAACAGCGUCGCCGCCGCCGCAGCCACCAUCCGGCCUCCUCCGCCCGCUGUAGCAGCAGUCGCGGUGAUCGAUACUCAGCACGCCGAGCCUUCCCGCCCUCGGUUCGACGCGGCUUCAGUGCAGACGUUCUCCGUCGGCCGGACGGCCUCGGUUGGCGGGAACAGCGGCGGUGGCGGCAAGGCGCGGCCCGUCGCGGGCGCGACCGGCGACGGCCGGUCGGAGGAGUCCCUCUAUCGGCUAAGCCGCGGGGAGCCGCAGCAGCCAUCAACGCCUGCUGGGGCGGGCAUAGGGGAGGCCAUCCCCGACGCUACCGACGCGGACGAGCAGGCCAUUUGGGGAAUGAUGGUCGCGGAGGCUUCGAGAAUGCAGGCCAGCGCGCGCGCUGAGGAACUGAGCGACCCGGACGUGCUGGGAAGCCUCGUCGCGCCGGUUGAGGCGGACCUGGAGACAGAGGACCACGCCGAGCACGCGAGCACGCAGCAGAGGUACGAACAGGCCGUCUCCGAGGACCCGAACAACUCGCUCAUCCUCGCCAACUUCGCGCAGUUCCUCUACCUCGUGCGGAAAGAUCAUGACCGGGCGGAGCACUACUUCGAGAGGGCGGUGCGCGCGGAGCCACCAGACGCGGAGGCGCUGAACCGGUACGCGACCUUCCUGUGGAAGGCGCGGAACGACCUCGUGGCCGCGGAGGACACCUACCAGGAGGCCAUCACGGCCGACCCCGGCAACUCGCACCACGCCGCCGCCUACGCACACUUCCUCUGGAACACCGGAGUUCUUGCAGCAUGCGCGGGGGCGGCCACGCGGCCAGACGCCUAGACCACGACACCUCCAUGGGCCGGGCGGAGUGGAGCUGACACAUGAUAUCUUCCCUUUACUUAGUCUGACGAGAAGUGUGCUUGCGUGGCGUGGGCAGUGGAGUGAGUAAUGAUCCAGGGGGACAUGAAGGUGGUGCUUCUUCUCCCGUCCGGGAAUUGGGCAAUUGGAGCUUUUGCCCGGGAACUGUGAGGACGGGCAUCUCGGAUCCUGGUGAGCUUGUCGGGGCCAACCGGCGGCCGGGUGGCAUGGACGGCUGUAGAAUUGCAGUAGCACAGUGGCAUGGAGGGCGACGAGGUGGCAUGGAUCAUGGAUGGAUGUUCUGCUGAGUAAUGUAUAUCAACUCGCAUCCUGUAAUUAUGUAGAUGUGAGAAAAGGAAUAAAACUAGUAAGUGAUUAAGAA